AUGAUUAAAGUUAUUUGUUUGGUUUUAACCAUUCUUUGUUUAUCUACUAUUUCACUAGUUAGUUCUUUUACUUUUACUCUACAACAAGUAAAAGAUACAAUUUUAAUUACACCAAGUAUUCAAUUGACUAUAAAUGCACGAAUUUACGAUACACUCAAUCAAGAGAUUACAGCCAAUUGCACUGGCAGUACACAAGUGAGAACAUGUCGUUUAGGUAAUAUUCCAUCUGGUUUGAUCACUAUUACUGAUGGAUUGGAUAGUGCUACCACCCCAAUCACCCUUGCUCCAUAUAUCACAUUUGUUUCAGGACAACUCACAACUUAUGCUGACAACUAUUAUAACGGUCCAGUUAGAAUCAAUGGAAAGUUCUUUGAACCUAAUUAUUCAUACAAAGUAAACUAUUUGAAUGGUUAUACCAAUCAUUCAGAUAUUCAAGUUCCAACUUCAAAUACAACAUUUGCAAUAACGACGGGAUAUAUUGGAAUCGGAACACAUCUAAAUGUUUCUGUAACAAAGUUUAAUUCAUCAGUUAGCGUAGUUUCGACCGCCUACAAUACCUCAAUGGGUAAACCAUUUAUCAAUGAUCAGACAUUUAAUGCAAAGGUUGUCAAUGCAGCACAAGGUAUACUUUAUUUGAGCAACCUUUGUAAUCCAGCCGAUUGUGGGGACAAUGCCGUUACCAUUAGUUAUUAUAAUCAAUCAUCAUUCCAAAGUGUAACAUUUUCAAGAGAAUUUGUUACAUUUUUCAUUAGUGAGAAUUGGUCUUUUGGCAAUGUUCAAGUUAAAGUAGCCGAUCAAGUAUCAAAUAAUUUAUUCUUUUCUCCAUUGUUUGCAAAUACUGCUCUAAUUACAGAUAUCCAACCACAUCCAUUUGUUCAGUCUGGUAAUGUUACUAUUACAGGUAGAUUCUUAAAGGAAACGGAUUACUCUGGUAAUAAUCCAUGGAAGUUUAUGAUUGAAAAGUCUAGUAAUAAUAAUACUCAAGUACUCGAUCAAUAUACCUACCUUAGUAACCAAUAUCCCUAUGUGAUUGAAUUAUAUGUACCACCUGGAACUGCUCCAUCCAUUUCAAGUGUAUCAAAAUUAAACUAUCAACAAGCUGGAAAGAUAAUUAUUGAAGGUGACGAAUUCGAUGAGACAAAUCUUUUGGUAACGAUUGGUUCAACUGAGUGCACCAAUGCCACUAUUGAAGUUAGUGUGUCUAGAAGGAGGGUUGUUUGUUAUUUCGAUGCUCAAGAGUUACCAACCAACCAGGCUAAAACAUUGCCUGUUGUUGUACAAGUCGAUGGAUUGGUAUCUGUACCACCAGGCUCAUUUAGUUAUAUUGGAGGCGAAGGUUCUACCACAACAACCACCACCACCACCACCACUACCGGUGCGUCAGAUGCAUCAACCAAUACUCCCAUUCAUUUAUUCGUUGUUGCCAUCCUUGUAUUACUAUUAAUUGUUUAA